GUCCCACCGUUCCAUCCAUCUCGGAAAGGAUCACAGUAGGCUCUCCCUCCCCAGGGCAGAGGGGCCCCCGACGGGCCUCAGUGCAAAACCCCAGGACAUCCCGAGGGGCCACAGCGCAAGGACUCUAGGAUGCCCGGGGGGGUCACAGCGCAAGCCCCUCAGGAUGUCCCCAGGGUCCAUAGCCCUAGAUCCCCAAGCCCUCUUGAGGGAGAUUGGAUCCCAGAAACCUGCUUCUGGUGCAGCUAUCGUGUGAUAAUGGACCCUGACUCUGCUCCACGAACCUCAGUUUCCUCAUCUUUAAAGGAAAGACGCUAAGCAGAUGUGGGUCCGGCGUCCGGACCUGGGCGGAUCUACUUGGUUUAGGCAGCCAGGCCAUGUGACCUGAUUGCCAUGGCACCUGUGGUCACAAUCGGUCAGGAUGGCCUGGUCUCUGAGGCCUCGACCCCGCCCACUCCCGCUUCUCGAGACCUGAGGAGGGCCUUCCUGCCCUUCGGGGCACACACACCCGCGGAGGCACUCCAAGCUUCUGGGCACUCUGUGAGGCGAAGGCCAGUCCGAGUCAAACCAGGACCCUUCCUGUCCUGUGAGACCCAAGGACGACAAUGAAUGAGGUGAAAGAGACCCUCCGCAGCAUCGAGCAGAAGUACAAGCUCUUCCAACAGCAACAGUUCACCUUCAUUGCAGCACUGGAGCACUGCAGGGAGAAUGCUCAUGACAAGAUCCGGCCCAUCUCCAGCAUUGGGCAGGUGCAGAGCUACAUGGAACACUAUUGCAACAACUCUACAGACCGGAGAAUUCUGUUCAUGUUCCUGGACAUCUGCUCGGAGCUCAACAAGCUCUGUCAGCACUUUGAGGCCCUGCACUCCGGCACCCCUGUCACCAACAACCUUCUCGAGAAAUGCAAAACUCUGGUUAGCCAAAGCAACGACCUGAGCAGCCUCAGAGCAAAGUACCCACAUGAUGUAGUGAACCACCUCAGCUGUGAUGAGGCCAGGAACCACUACGGAGGCGUGGUCAGUCUUAUCCCUCUAGUCCUGGACUUAAUGAAAGAGUGGAUUGCUCAUUCUGAGAAGCUUCCUCGUAAAGUGCUGCAGCAUGUGAGUGAGGUCCUGGGUAGCCAGGGAGCCGCUGCAGCAGCCAGACCUGCCCAGCACUGGUUAGGAAAACACAAUUAUAGGCAGCUUGCAAAAGAGAGCCUCAAAUCUAGGGGGAAAGACAAAGGCUCCCAGAUACCUCCCUGGAGACCACCUGGUGGGAAAUUGUAACUCAAUGUCAACCUUGGCUUCCACGGUUCAUCCAUUCUUACUGGGGGCCAAUACACAAUUGAGAACCUCUUUCUCUCUCUCUCUCUCUUGCUUUUCACUUCUAACCUCCGUGUUGAUGAAAGGGAUCCUUACUCAUGGAGCUGCCCAAACAAUGUGGUGUUGGUAGGGCGUAUCCCAGAGGAAGGGUGCUGUGCUGAUGCCCAGGCUUCCUGCCCAUGCUGUGGCCUCUGGCCCUGUAGUGAGCAAGUGGAGGGGAACCACUUAGCUCCUUGUCUUGAAAAGGGCAAGAUGGAGAUGAGCUGCAAGGUCUCUCAUGAACAAAUUAGGGGGAAGGGAUCAGGAGGCUGAACUCACCUGUGUUCAGUUCCCUGGACCAAAACAAGGGAUGAAUGCUCUCCUUAGUUGGGAGAGGGAAAACAUGGCAGAAGUCAGAACUGUUCUGUGGCUCUUGGACAAGCCUGGCCCUGCAGCAGUCUAGUCUAUCCACACUGUACAUGUAUACUCCUGGCUUCUCUGCCCGCCAGAAGUGAGCUCUGACUGUUGGUUUUUCCCUUCACAGGGGACGACUUAGCUUCUGUAUUGUGCU